CGUCACAUUUAGACCGCUAAUUUUCAAACGAAAUACGUCAACAAAAUUUUGCCGAGAAAAAGAAUUGCAGACCAGACUUGAGUGUUGAUCCAGCAACCAUCGAUCAUGAAUCGUCAGAGUGCAGGCAGGGCCUCCAUGUCCUCUAUGGGGAGUAGAAGGUCUUCAGUGGGACCUCUCAGGGUCAAACAUGACAACAAUGCUGCAUCAACAAGCAGAGCUGCAGGGAAUGGGUUCAUGCGUCGGUCCUCAGGGUCAUCAGGGACCAGUGCAGGAGGUCGCAAGUCCACCACCUCAAAGUCCACCUUUGGCUUCAGUAACACCAGAAGACCUUCCAGCGGCUAUGGUCGGUCUAACAUGGCUAGGGAAGUACUGCGGGAAUCACGUCCAAUUAGCGACAAGUCUUACAUGCAGAAAGAAAUCAGAAGAAUCAUCGAGUUCUUGCAAGAGAAUGGUUUUUCGAACCCCAUCUCUGUGAAGCAGCUGAUGUCCCCGACAACCAAGGACUUUGUUCGGGUCUUCCAGUUCCUCUUCAGCUUCCUGGAUGAAGACUAUGUGGUCGGCUCAAAGAUUGACGAGGAGAUUCCAGCAAAAUUCAAAGAAAUGAAAUACCCCUUCACCAUCUCCAAGAGCUCCAUGUGUACCCUUGGAAGCUCCCAUGCGUGGCCUCACAUCCUGGCUGCUCUUCACUGGCUCUUUGACUCUAUACAGUAUGCUAUGAACACGAGUGUAGCAGAGCUAUUGUUUACUGAUGAAGAAAUGCCUGGCUGCCUAGAUGAACAAGCUUACUCUGAGGUGCACUUUGACUACUUGGAAAACACAUACUCUGAAUAUAUGAAUGGACAAGAUCGGUACGAUGUGCAUGAGACCAAACUCAGGAAUGCUAUACAGACGACCAAGGGCGGUGAGGUGAACAUGGACAAUCUGGUAGCAGAGGAAGAGAGGCUUCAGGCAGAGCUACAGGAGUUGGAACAGCAACAGAGCCGUAUUCCCAACCUGCAGGAGCAGAUGAAGGCCAAGACCAUUGACUGUGAGAGGUUCUCUAACUACCUGGUCAGUCUGAGAGAACACAAGAAGACACAUGACCUCAAGAUGCAGGAGAUUGACCUUCAUCUAGGUCAAAUGGAGCUGGAGGAGUCUGAGCUGGACGGGACGAUGGCUCGCCUGCAGUACCAGCUGGAGAACCAGGAGCUAUCGGCGAAGGACGUGGAGCGCAUGCAGACCGAGCUCCGCCAGGCCAACUCCAGUCUGGACCAGGUGGAGAGAGAGAACCAGGCCCUGGACCAGGAGAUCUGGGCCGAGGAACGCAGCAUUGCCAAGAAGCAAGAAGAGCUUGAGAGGAAAGUAAACGCUUACAACAGCCUUGCUCGCAAACUGAAGCUGAUUCCAGCCGAUGCGGAGAAUGCCCAUGGCAUCGACUACGAGCUCCGUCUCAACUUCCACUCCAUCCACACCCAGCACUCACCCAUGCUCGACUUCGUCAGCACCAUAAAGCCUGCAUUGAUACAACUGAAGAAGAACAUUAACAGUGAGGUACAUAAACUCCACAGCCAGAGACUCAAUGAAGAAGAAGCACAUGAUCAGGUGAAAGAGAUGACAGAGGGGAAGAGAGAGGAGAUCAGAAAGCUGGAUUCUCAAGUUCAAAGACUGGAGAAAGAUGUCAAUGCAUUCAAAGAGAAAACUCGUGAUGAGACUCAAGCGAUGACAGCCAGACUUUCCGACAUCGAGCAGCAGAAGGAGAUGGCAAGGGCGUCUGGUAGCACAGACAUCGCUCAGACACAGGAACAAGUCAGACAGAUGCAGUCAAGAUAUGAAGAAGGCUGCCAGAACAUGCAGAUGGAGAGAGAGAAUUACAAUAAGUUCCUCACUCAAGUGUGCACGAUGAUAUUGGAACACAAGACAAAAUUACAGAAUCAUGUUGGGCAUCUACAACAAGAAGCUCACAACCACCUUGAAGUCAUCAGAGGUAUGGAGUUUCCACAGCAUCCUAACCCGUCCACGUAAAUACUCUCAUAGAGAGAUGACGGUACGCCAUUGAUAGCUAUUUUAGCCAGCUUCUGCGUUAGCAUGUAAGGAAGUCCUCCCAUUGAAAACGCUUGUAGAAGAUGGUGAUCAUCGAUAGCCAAUUUAGCCAACUUCCAACGCUUUCUUCAUUACAAAUUAAGAAAUACAGUCAAACCGGCUUCUGCAAUGGCAUGUAAAGAAGAACUCCCCCCAUUGAAUACUAUCAUAGAAGAUGAUUCAUCGUCGAAAGCCAAUUUAGCAAACUUCCAGCACUUAUAUUCAGAAAUACAGUCGAACCAGCUUCUGCGAUGGCAUGUAAAGAAGAACCCCUCCCAUUGAAUACACUCAUAGAAGAUGAUGUGUCGUGUAUAGACAAUUUAGCCAAGAAUUGUAUUAGAACCUGCUUCAGGGACCAUCUGUCCAUCAGCAUUUAUUCAUUGCAGGCCUGAUUUAUUGUUUCACUUUGGUUCCCUUCUCAUUACAACAUGUGACAUGAUGAUGGAACUCAUAUUAGGAAGUCCACCUGCCUAGAAAGACUGCUUUUUUUGUCUCCCUCAGGUGGCCUUUCUAUACAGACUCUACAUUAUUUGUAUGAUAAUUAUUAGGAGGGAGGAAUCCCGUAAUUUUUAACAUUGUUUAUCAGUCUGAUCUAUAGUCGAUUUGAAAUCAAUGAUUUCAGUAAUCAUUGUAGUAAUGCAAACUAAAAUGUAUUUGUA